AUGGCAAUUCUAUUAAUCUGCGUUCUGCUCGUACCGCCAGCUUUUGCCUGUAUCGGAGGAGGCGGUGGAGCCUGCUGUAUGCCACAACAGACCUGUGCCCCCAGCUUACCUCCAUGCCCAACUCCAAGUUACUCGCCACAGCCUGCUCCCGCUCCUCAGCCAUGCGUACCGGCAACCAGUGCAUGCGGAGCCGGAGGCAGUUAUGCUGCUCCGGCAGCCACUGGUUAUGCUGCUAGUUACGCUCAAGCACAACCAGCUGCCACCUACGCCGUACAGGUUUCUGGUGGAUAUGCUGCUCCAGCGGCUAAUACAGGUUACGCGUCCUCUUCUUACUCCCAACCUAUAUCUAUAACAUACACUGGCUAUGGUCAACCAUCGGGAGCUAGCUUUAACCCAGGCAACGUUGCGCCAGUUGUAAGAAAAGUUAUAACUGUCCAAAAAUCAUUGCCAGAAAGUAAGUUGGCUGUUGAGGAAGGCGAAAAAGCAAUAAAUGUUGAGGUAGUGGAACCACAACCAGCACCUCCAUCUGAACCAGAGCAAACAGUAGCUGUAAUAGAGGAGUCAUAUUCCCAAGCCGCAACGCCAGAAGUGGUUGCGGUACAGUCUGAAAUAGAAACACCAUCACCGGUUCCAAUAGUUGUUUUGCCAAUGUCUACAUCAACUGCUGCUCCACCACCUCCGCCUGCACCAAGUGCACCAACUGUUGCGCCUAUCGUAGAAGAAACACCGAUGCCAGAAGUGGCAUCUGCAGGUGAGUAUCAGUCCUCUAUUGACAAUGCAUACGAAGAAAUCGCGUCAGAAGAGGAGGCUUUAAAGAGGCAAGAAGCUGAAUAUGGUCGGAAUGAUAAGGAGGCGGAAGCUCUUACUGGAUCACCGACGAUUCCUCCAGCUGUUCGAGAAACAUAUCCAGCUCCAGAACCGCAACAACCGGAAAGUGUGGAACCUCAACCAGUAGUUGUACAACCAGAAACUAACGAGGAAUAUGUACAAACAACCAAAGAGCCUGAAAGACCAGCAACUUUGAUUGAAUCUUAUCAAGAUACGCCAUCUAGUUCACAGUCAGGUGAAUAUGUCGAAGAUACUAGCGUUCCUGAGGAAUCCAAUUCUGAACCUGAUGCAGGAGCAUGCAAUAAUGAAGAAUUGAAAGCAAUUGUUGAAAACGCAUUGCGCAGUCAAAGUGAUAAUUUGGAGGCGGCAAGGCAGAUUGAAGGUGAUGCCUCAAAGAAAUUCGGAGGCCGUUUUAAUGCGAUUGUAUCCGACGCUGAAUUUGCAUACGUUAAUUGGUAUGGAAAAAUGAAUUGUCAAUUGAGGGUUGGCAAUCGGCAUUCACUGACUUGGGAAGACUAA